CAAUUUGGGGCAGUACUUCACUUCCACUACCUCUUGCCGAGCAGAGGCUCUUUUUUUCUACGGACUUUAAAGUCUCCCAACUGACGAACGGUUCCCAUCUACCAUGUCCCCUUCGUCCUCGAAUUGAAAAGCACGGAUGAAAAGAAGAUAGAACUGACUGACGACAGUUAGGCUACGGGAUUUUGUCAGUGGAGACGCCAAAGUUUGCUGCUGCUGCUGUCUUCCAACGGUGUGAGUCUACCCCCAUCACCAUUCCUUGAUGUCCUGGAGCAUUGACUGUAGCGCGGUGCGAGUGAGUGCUUUGCGAGUCUGCAAGCCCUGCUGCUGCACCCUGUUGCCUGUUGCAAACUCCGGCCGCCACCCUGUGCCCCCCGCCCUGGCCCCGGCCCCGCGCAACCCACCGAGUCCCCAGGCGUCGCACCACCCCUGGAGGUCGGGCGACUGCUACUAAGGGCAUCGGCCCAGCGCCAUGGUAACCCACAGCAGGUUUGACUUCUCCUCCUCUUCCUCCUUCUUCCUCCCGGCGAUGAGCAGCAGUCCUGUGGCGGAGUGCGGAGGAGGCCAGCGGCGCCUAGCCCCCCCACCGCCGCUGGCACGCCACCACCACCAUCCCCACCAUCCCCACCACCGCUACAAGACCUUCAGCUCGCGCCUGCAGUACCAGCUGGUGCUGGCGGCCCUGCGCAAGCUGAAGGAGAGCGGCUUCUACUGGAGCGCCAUGGGCGGCAAGGAGGCCAGCGCGCUGCUGAGCGCCGAGCCCGCCGGCACCUUCCUGGUGCGCGACAGCUCCGACCACCGCCACUUCUUCACGCUCAGCGUCAAGACGGCGUCCGGCACCAAGAACCUGCGCAUCCAGUGCGACGCCUGCUCCUUCUACCUGCAGACGGACCCGCACGACGCCCAGCGCGUGCCCCACUUCGACUGCGUGCUCAAGCUCAUCCACCACUACAUGCCUCCCGCCGUCUCCGCCUCCGCUUCACCUAGCAGCGCUGAGCCCUACUCAGCAGCAGGUGGUAGUGGAGGCAGUAGCAGCAGCAGCAGCAGUGGCGGCAGCAGAACAGGGGGUGCUAGUUCCUCUGCCCUGGUGGAUUGUGGGAGGGAGGUGGCGGUAGGAAGUUCGGCCGGCUCGGGCAGCUCGGGUGGCAGCAGCAGCAGUAGCAGUAUGUACUUCAUCUACUCAGGAGGAGAGAAGGUUCCCCUGGAGCUCCUGCGGCCUCUCUCCUGCACCAUGUCCACACUGCAGCACCUGUGCCGCAAGACCGUCAACGGACACCUGGACAUGACGCCCAACAAGCGGGACCAGCUCCCACAGACUCUGCAGGAGUUCCUCGAGGAGUACGAUGCACCCAUUUGACCUUUAACCUCUAACCCCCUCCUAACCUCCCAUCAAUAAUACCCAACGACAACGACGACAACAUUGCUUCCGACAAUGUUUCUCCUCCUAAACCCCUCGUCCUAUGAACUAAAAACCCACAUGAAUCACAAUGGAACGGUUUUCUUCUGGACAUUUGCAUUGAAGUGACGCGUCUCUCGUGGGAUCAUGUGUGGGACGGUUCAUGGGUCGGCAAGGUGGGGGUGUCGCGCACGGAAAUGUGGCCCCACCGGUCCGGUCAGGAGUAAAGUGGCUAGUCGGUCACUGGCCGAGUGAGGCGAGGGGCAGGAAAGCAAAGGAUGCUGGGAAGGCACCCCAGACAGCCACGUGAAGGAGGCGCUAAUAAACAACACCACCACCACCAGGGAUGGAUUUUAGCCAUUUUUAACAAAGUUCUCUGAGUUUGUCAGUAUUGUGGGCCUUACAAGCCCAACUGUGCCUUCGAGUGGUAAUAGAGGAAAACUGUGACUGUGGAGAGAAAGGAGAAACCAAGAGAGAGAGAGGGCAAGAGAAAGAAAGAGUGGCAAUAUUGUGUCGUAAUGGCCUCGGGACGGACAGCAGCACAACAUAAAGUAUUCCUAUGGAAUUGUGGGGGCCCUAUACCUUCGGGUUGACAGCUGACCAGCUCUGGACACAUUCUAAAACACAAUGGCGAACUAUUGCAACUUUUUUUCAAUUCUUGUUAUUCUUUUCUUUUGCCCUCAGACGGUGAGAGUGAGAGCGAGCUCUGUUCGUUUUCUUCGUUGACGUUUAAUUUUUCCAGAUGACGAAUGACGUGUGUCAUGUUUCCGCAAGUGGACUUCCUCUGGUGUUUUGUUGGGGUCAGUCUUGUCAGUCAAGCGGAGUUCGAGUCGAGGCUUGGCUGAGCUUAAGUGAUGCUGCUAGGGCUGCCAUCCAAGCCCUCUACAUAAUCGAUCAGGAGACGAGAGGCGCUCUCUCACGCUCUUUUAUCCUGGUUGACAGUUUGGACUCCUUUCAUGAAACAGAGAGACAUAGUGUGUGUGUGUGUGUGUGUGUGUGUGUGUGUGUGUGUGUGUGUGUGUGUGUGUGUGUGUGUGUGAGUAAGAGAGAGUGUGUGUGUGUGAGGAGAAGGGCCCUGGUGGUGACUGUAUGACGCUGACAUUUCCACCACAGCUUGCCAAGCAGAGUAGAGUAGAGCUGCCCGCCUGCUCGCCCGCCUCAGUGGGUGUCUCAGCCUCUCAGAGCCAGAGGGAGAGCACAGUUAGCCAGCCUCAGUUUCUCUCCUCUUCCCCUCUCCUUUAUUUCUCUCUCCUCUCCUGCCAUGUCCUCCUCUCCACUCCUCCCUCCUCUCGUCUCCUCCUAUCCUCACCUUCUCUCCUCCUCUCCUUCCCUCCUCUCCUCUCCUCUCCUCUCCUCAUCUCUCCGUCUUCUCUCCUCUCUUCCUCCCCUGCCCAGUCCUCCUCUCCUGUCUUCCGCUUGCUUUUCAUUACCCCCCUCCUUGGUUUUCUACCCCCUUUCCGUCUUUCUCCUUUCCAUUCUGCCAUCCAGUAUUCAUCUCUUCAGUUGCAAUAGUUCUGCUGGUUUCGUUCUACUCUCCUGCAGUCAUGCCCUCCCCUCUCUCUCUCUCUCUCUCUCUCUCUCUCUCUCUCUCUCUCUCUCUCUCUCAUCCUUUGUUCCUUUGUGCUAUUUCCUCCUCCUCCUCCUCCCCGCUUUACUUUCUCUCUUGCUCUCUUGACAUAAGUUUUGAAAAUGGCCCCCGAGAAAGAACCCCAGUGUUGUUGCUGGGAGGAAAUUCUUGCCGCGGGCCAAAAUAAAUGAUUAUUUCCUCUCCGCUGGCCCAAAAAGCCGUGCAAAUAUUUAAAAUGCGUCAGCAAAUGGCAUUGCAAAAAGCGGGAGCCUGCGAGGGCCCGGGUCCACAAGACGUAUACUGUGAAAAACCUUCGCCAAGCACAGUAUGCAAAAGAAAAUCCCUUCAAAAUGUAACUGCUCUGCAUCCAGACAUGGAGGCCAACAUGGCCGCCUAAAUAAACAGUUAGACGACAAGGUUGGGCUCUCUCUCCCUCCCUCUCCCCUCUCUCCCCCUGUCCUCAGACAUAACGCAGGGGUCCAGGCACCUAGAGGGAGAGCAAGGAGAGGAACACCAAUCGGGACCCCGUUUCUCGAAAACCAGUCAGCAAUGUACUAGGUUGCCAAUGGGAAAUUGCAUUGCAUCUUAGUUAGCAACGAUGUUGUGGAGAAACGCACCCCAGCACUUCCCAUCCCUCAUUGCAAACAAAACAACAACAACAAAACUAAUGUGUCUUUUUGUUUCGUUUUGUUUUGUUUCAACCCAGGCAGAAUGAUGUGGUCUGCUGUCAACAUGAAUGUAUUCCUUAUUAGUCAAUGUAAGGGCUUCUGGCUCCUCCUCUCUUGUAGUUUUCUAGAGUUAUUUUGUUUUUGUACCUUUUUUGUCAAUUUUUAAGAUGAUGCGUACAUGUGUCACAACCAACCAGACAACAUGUUUCUUUUUAUCCUCAUGUCUUUUAUAAAGAUGUCACUCAUCUUAAGGUGCCAGUCUGUAGUGACUGACAGUGCAAGCUUGAAGAUCUGGAAACAAAAGCAUUACAUAAUAUGGAAAUGCAGACAGAAAAACACUUUGCACAUAUUUAUAUUUAUAAGAUAUUUCAAUAAUUUAUAUUAAAGAGCACUAUUUUUACAAAAUCAA